AAACGGUGUCGUUCACUUCUGUAGUUAAGAGUCUCUCACCUUGGAUGUGCUUUUUGACCUCCUCCUCUCUCCCUCCAUCCAAAAGAAGCACUCUCUCUUUCUUCUCUCUCUCUCUCUGAACCUGCUCUGCCUUCUCCAAACCGCCGGAGCAAAAAAAAACCAAAACAAAAAGUGGUCUGAACGCAGAAAGAGACUGACUCCACAUUGAAAAGAAACGCAGCUGAGUAGCCCAAAUGAGUAUCUGGAUCUCCGGUUCUUAGGAUUCAAGAAAGGAGCAUACUUUUGUCUUAGCGAAAGAGAUUACCUUCAUUGAGUUAAAACUAUAAAGUUUUGAUUUUUUUUUAGUUAGGUCAGUUCGAAAGUUUUGCCUUUUUUCUCUUUGUUUGUGUUCUUUUUGAGUGUCUUGUUGUGUAAUGGAGAGUAAUGAUGACCAAAACCUGAAGGCUAUUAAUGCUUCAGUAGGAAGAUUGGUCUGGGUUCGUCUUCGUAACGGUUCUUGGUGGCCAGGACAGACUCUGCUUCAUGAAGAAGCUCCUGAAAACACUCUGCUUUCUCCAAAACUCGGCACUCCUAUAAAGCUUCUAGGUCGUGACGAUGUUGGCAUUGAUUGGUACAUUCUUGAAAAGGCCAAGAGCGUGAAGGCGUUUCGCUGUGGAGAGUAUGCUGCUCACAUUGAGAAAGCAAAGGCUUCUGCUGCUGCAGCUAAGGCUAGUAGUAAGAAGACUGUCAAAUGUACUCGCCGAGAGAAUGCCAUUAUCAGUGCACUCGAGAUUGAGAAUGCAAAUCUUGCAAAAGAAGAGCAUCCAGACAAUAAUCUCUGUGGCUCAUCCGGUGAGGAGGAAGAUGAUGAGGUUACAGUUACAGACUCUGAAGACGAACUUGACUCAGCGACAGAGCUACUGCAAUCCAGUAUGUCUUCCCAAGAAAUAAAUGACAUUGGAGCUUUGGUUAAGGUGGAGCCAAAGAGAAGAAGAACACCGAAUGAUUCUGAAGAUGAUGGAACUGAAGGAACCACCAAGCGAAUGAGAGGUCUUGAGGAUAUUGGAAAAGAACAUGUGGGUGCUAUUGUCAUACACAGGCAAGAAAUGGGUUCGGUCUGCGAUGUAAACCUCAGCGAUUCAAUGUCGAAUGGCUAUAUUGCUAACAACGCAUGCUCGCCGUUGUCACUGAAAAGAAAAAGGUCGCAAGUGGUAAAUGCUAAUGAGUGCUCUAAAAGGAAAAACCGACGGCGGCAACUGACAAAGGUGUUAGAGUGUACAGCUAUGGUCAGUGUCCCUGGUACCUCUGACCAGCUGGUCACAUCUGGAGUGGAGCCUGUGGAGUCCAUGAGAAGUGUAUCUGUUGUAAUCAACAAUAACUCAGACAGCACCGGGGAAAAUGCUCCUGAAAAUGUUGUUGGAGCCUCACAUAACAACAAGGCAAAGGACAGUGAAAUUUCAAGCUUAUCAGUUUCUGCAGAAGACGAUUCUUCUGACCAAUUGUAUGAUGUUCCACUAACUGGAGAGGCAGAACACUUUGCAGCUUGCACCAUGUCCUCGUCAAGGACAGCUCUUUUUUCUGGUUUGACAAGGCGGUGUGGUCGUAGUUACCAUGAUUUGUUUGUUAACAAAGAGGCAAAUAAUGGAUCUGCUUGUGCAAAUCCACCAGAUACACAACUUGUCAUCUGGAAUCGGAACGGGAUUGAGAAGAGCACUUCUAAGUGGAAGCUAAAAGGAAAAAGGAACUCGAGGCAGAUGAGUAAGAAACAAGAAGCGAGGAGAAGUGUGUUCGGCGAAGAAGCUAACAACAACAACAACGUUCCUCUGCUUCUUCCUGCGCUGUUCGAAGUGAAGAUUGAGGUAAAAGCCAGCUGUAACAAGCCCCGUGUUCCGCUGGUUUCUCGUAUGAGUAAACUUAAUGGUAAAGCUAUUGUUGGGCAUCCUGUAAGUGUUGAGGCCUUGGAAGAAGGCUAUUACAACGGUGGUGUGGUGAUGUCUCAAGCUGAUGUGAAGGCAAAGCCAUUGUCCAAAAAGAAGGGCAAGAAGAGUAAAUCAAAUGGUGCUUUUGGGAAGUCAUCCAAGUCAAAGAAGAAUUCAUCUUCCCUAUCUGUAAAGACAAGAAGGCUCUCUACUCUGACGGAAAAAAGCAAGAAGCCGACAAUAGAAAAGCUAAAGGAAACGGUUGUAGCUUGUAUACCGUUGAAAGUAGUCUUUAGUAGGAUAAACCAAGUGUUGAAAGGCUCAGCAAGACAAACAAAACACCGCCCAUUGCCAUCUGCUGUCAAAACAUGAGAGAGAGGUGGCUUAACUUUUGGAUGGCUUUUACUUUCUUUUUUCUGUUUGUUUUACCUUUCAUAGAUCUGUAAUAGGCUGCUUUAGGAGACAAGGCAUCACUGAUGGGGGUUUUACUGUUUUGGGUACAAAGACUGAGACUUUUUGAGUCAUGCAGAGAGAGGCAAAACAUGGGUAGAAAAGACAAGUUGCAAGUGAGCAAAUGUAUAUAUAGCAGUAGUUUAGUGGUUGAGAGGUGUAAACUGAAAGAUUUAGAGGUUGGAGAGAUGAGAUUACUGCUUAGUGAGAAUUUGCUUGUUUCAGGUUAUUAAUUCACACUGUUUGUUCUUGAAC